GGGGUCCAUAAUACGCAAAGGGUCCAUAACCGGCAUCGACUCCCUAUAUUACCAAUUUGAUUAGUUGACUAUGCGUUAUGCUAUUGAAAACAAAAAAAAAACUUAGUCCUUGUUACUGAACACAUUUUUCCCCCUAUAAUAAUGUUGUAACAAUUAUUCCGAUCGCAAAUUAUUCGAAAUGCAACGCAUUUGAAAUUUGCAUAAAGUUAUCUAUCCACUUAUCCGCGAGCGGGAAUGGCGUCCUGUGGGUGCUACUUUGAUAGUGGGUGAGAUUCCAUAUUUGACGUUUCUUGAAGGUCGUCAAAGCAACUGCACCCACCAGUAAAAAUUUUGACGUCAGUGGAUUUGACAGCUUAUGUUUACAAAAUAGGAAUGUCCUAGAGGUGAACGAGCGGUUUGUUUUGAAAAAAGAUUGGCUGCAGUUCGCGAAAUAUUUUUAAAAUGUUAUCUGCUAAAGUGAGUACGCUGUGCGAAGAAGAUUUAUCGCGUUAUCGAGAUAAAAUUGCGGUGUUGGGAGGUGAAGAUCCAUAUAACUUACAAUGCGAUGCCAACGAACUCCCACUCACAGUUGAUUACGACAUGAUUUUAUGUUACCUGCUUAACACAUUAUCCUUUCAAUCAAACGAACCACUAAGGAACAGAAAAUCCUUAGAUUCGUACAAAAAUUUUGAAAGAGGGUUCGUGAAGGAAGUUAAAGGAUGCAAAUGUGAUCAAAUAUUUGUGGUUCGAGGAAAGGUUUUGCAUAGUAUGCGAGUGAAUGACCCAGCAGCUGAGUGCUGGAUAUUGAUACAGAAUGAAAGUGUGGAUGGACACGAUGUUGGAGAGAUACGUUCUGCACACUGUGACUGUACAGCGGGCGCAGGAGAAACAUGUUCUCAUGUUGCUGCAGUCUUGUACGCUUUAAGCUACGCCAGAGAAACGUGUCUAGGAAAACAGAUAUCGGUAACGCAGCUUCCAGCCUACUGGUGCCAACCCUCAGGAAGUGCACAUAAAAACCUCUACAAACCUGUUGACGAGAUUGAUUUUGGACGAUCAGUUCAAACGACGUGCGAGCUCCGUGAUUAUGAAUUAGGAAAGACCGAGGAUGAAUUAAAGGAGCUAAUUAAUAAUAUAGCCGCUCUUGGCCAAGAUGUUGCGGCUAGCAAGGCUUUUUUCGAUACAUCUGAUGGUUGUGAUCCUGAAGAUUACGCAAAACGACGUUAUGCUGAGCAAUAUUUGUCCUUCAGCAACCUUUUUGAAGAGCAUUUAGUUUCAGCCUCAGUAGAAGAAAUAAUUGAUCGCGCUAAGGAGAUUGUAUGGACAUUAACUGAAGAGGAUUGUGAGUUGGUUGAAGAAUUGACACGAGAUCAGUCUUCUGAUCCAUUGUGGUUUAAGCUUAGAUACGGACGAAUCACAGCUUCCACGUUUGGUAGGUCCGUGAAAACCAAAAUAAGUAAUCCUUCAACUUCACUCUUAAAAACCAUUUGUGGAUCAAAUUUAACUCAAGAAUUACCAGCAACUUUACAUGGUAAGCGAAACGAGCAUAAAGCUAUUACAGCUGCUAUUAAAAUGUUUCAGUCUCAAAACCAUUCGAAUUUCAGCAGUAGGAAAAGCGGUUUAAUCAUAAAUCCCUUGUAUCCUUACUUCGCAGCUUCGCCAGAUUUUAUUUUUGAAUGCACUUGCUGCAACAAAGUCGUGGUAGAAGCAAAAUGCCCAUUUAAGUUUGAAAAUUUGAGUAGAGAAGAAGGAAUUAAUUCAUUACUUAACAGGCAACAUCCAUAUAUACUAAUGGAAUCAGAUGGUAAUAUUGUGUUAAACCACAAUCAUGAGUAUUAUUACCAAAUCCAGAUGCAAAUAUUUUUAGCAGACGCUUCAUAUGGAAUAUUUGUUGUUUGGGCAUCAAACUUUACCUUGUUCAUUAAGGUAACAAAAAAUGCUCCGUUUUGGGAGGAAAACUCAGAAAAAGCAACUCUUUUCUUUGAGAAUGUGCUUGCACCAGAAAUAAUUGCGAAGCAUUACACAUCAACUGAUAAAAAUACAAAUAAGGAUUAGUAUAUGUAGCGUAGUACCACAGACAAACAGACGUAACACUAGAAUUA